GCGACUCACCAGCACAACCAACCAUCGCAAUCACCCGAACCUUGCGAGGCAGCUGAUGCGCCUCACUGGGCUAGCUAGAGGAUCACUUUGCUCUUUUGCGCUCUUUCCAAUCGACUGACUCAUUACAUGGUACUGACCAUCACUCACCUGUCAGCCUCCCAUCUUUGAGUGGUUGCGUGCGGGGGCGUUUGAUUUGCUUAUCGAUCCCGCGAAUGUUCCUUAUCGCCUGGUUGGAGCUGUCUGAGCUGCCUGACCCGCUCGCUGGUUGAUUCACUUGCCAGCGUCUGACUAUACACACUUCAUAUGAUAUGACCUUGUCAGUUGCAUAUCUGCUGCUUGGCUUGCCGUGAUAGAAGCCCGCCUGACGCGGGCUCCCCGAGGCCAAUAACCAUCCCUGAUCGCCAUCCUAUCGGCCCCGGCCAUCCACACCACGGCCUGACCCCCCCGAUCACUACCACUCAUUCUCCACACCGGCUUUGGGCUUGCUCAACCUGAGCCCUCGACUUUCUUCAGAAAUAACGAGUUGUGAUGCGGCCUUUCUUAGAUGAUGCCAAACGGCAGCCAGAACGGGCGGAUCAAAGGCUGAGUGCAAGCAUGAGGCCGUCAUCUGGCCAGCGCUUGCUUUCCGAUCGAAUGCCGGAGCGAUUUAGAGAUGGCGAUGAUGCCCAGGUUGACUACACAGCUCCACCACAGAACAUGCGUUCUAGAGAUGGCCAUAUGCACUAUAUGCAACAGUCUCUGUUCUCUGUUCUAGCUGCCGUUGGCUCGAGAUCCGAUUUCCGCGGUCGCUUCGACGACUCGAGCGAUAGCGAUGGAGAAGCCGGAGAAUCACAUACAAAGACCGGCCUACAAUCGGGAUCUAGUCGGGAAGGUUCAUCGGACCGACGUCGUACCAGCAAGAAGACGACCACAAAUUCACGAGACGAAGCCGAGGAACGAGGACGCCGCCAUCAAAGGACGAAAUCAGAGAACAAAAUACUGCGGAGUAUACCUGGCGUUGGAUCUCAGGACAAACCAGACGAGCCGCUGGCGGCUAGUGGAGCGACUCUUAAAGUACCGACGAGGCGAACACGUAGUGCCACACCUCGGGCAGCUCCCAUCCUCACUCGCAUGAUACAAGCUCAGAACCGCUUCGAUGGCGCCACGGAGCCCGAAAACCCGCCAUCCAGGCCAGAGUCUCCGAGUCAUGACCCCUUAGAACCAUCUGAAUCUUCGGCCUUGUCAACGAGGCUAAUGGAAAUGUUUGGUUUCGAAAGGCCUGAGAAGGUUUUGGUGGAAUAUGCUUGCGCUCUGCUGCGGAGCAUGCUCCUCCAAGGAUAUAUGUAUGUCACGGAAGGACAUAUCUGCUUCUAUGCCUACCUCCCGAAGAAGUCGACCACAGCCAUCAAAUCUGGAUUUCUCGCGAAGCGUGGUCGGAAGAAUCCCAAAUACAACCGCUAUUGGUUUGUGUUGAAGGGUGACGUUUUAUCAUACUACGCCGAUCCUUCGAACCUAUACUUUCCCAGUGGUCAUGUAGAUCUUCGGUACGGCAUCUCCGCGUCGCUCGCGGAGACCAAGGCCCAAGGGUCUGAUGCAAAGGAUUUUCAAGUCACCACCGAUCAGAGAACUUAUCAUUUCCGGGCCGAUAGUGCAGCCAGUGCCAAGGAGUGGGUGAAAUCUCUCCAGCAGAUCAUAUUCCGGUCCCACAAUGAAGGCGACAGUGUCAAGAUCGCGUUUCCCGUUGAAAGUGUGAUUGAUUUGGAGGAGAGUCCCAUGGCCGAGUUUGCCGAGACCUUCAAAAUUCGUGUCCUCGAUAACAACGAGACCUAUGCCAUCGACGAGUAUUUCUUCACUUUCUUCAACUCUGGUCAGGAUGCCUUCAAUUAUUUGAAGAGCUUAGUCCAUUCUUCCCCCGCGAAGAAUUUAUCGGAUGAUUCCCCCCACAAGAGCGACGACAAAGUUCAAUAUGAAAUUUGCAGCAGAGAUUCGAAUAUAAUGGCCGCCAACAGCCGACGUUUGUCUCUUCCGACAGAUGAUCAGUCCCCACAUGGCCGAAGCACGAGCAUUGAGAACGACCCUCAGGAUUCCGCAGAUUCGUUUGCUCCGUCAAUAGAUCGAGGCACGGAAUCAUCGCGUAUCGUCCAGUCACUCACCGAGACCAAUGAAUCUGCGAGUCAAAUACUCAAUCGAAGUGAUGUCUUCCAGUCACCUACCAUGCGAUCACUACCGAGGCGUCCUUCUGACGUGGGUGCUACUGGUCGGCGACGAUCGGAUGAUACUGCUCGAUCCGCAUCCGCACGACUGGGCGGUAUAGUGCGCAGAGACAGCUCGGGACUAUCGAGCCCUAGCAGAAAUGCAGAAGACAGUCGUGUUGCUCGCGGGCCUGCAGACCAGAGGAUUUCAAACCCUUCCCGGUAUCCCCCCGGCGCACCUUUGAAUGAUCUCGUGAAAGCUGGCGUAUACCCGCUCCAGCGUGCGGCUGGGUUCGCUGAAUACCUCAAAAGCAGAUCAAAACAAAUGAGCAGCUUACUAGCAACGGAAUCAAUGGGCUAUAUCGAGAAGGUUUCUGGCAUGUGGGCAGGGGGUCAAAAACAUUAUGGUGAAACAGAAGAAGUGAUUCAUGAUGACCCGACAGUUGAUCCAGAGGAUAAGCAAGGCGGGCUCAAGCAUGGCGACCGGUUCCGAGCGCAUUUCGGUCUACCUCCGACUGAACAUCUCCAAGCAACAUACUAUGCAUACUUGACCCGCGUUCUCCCUCUUUAUGGAAAAAUAUAUCUCAGCGAGAGGAAGAUUUGUUUCCGCAGUCUGCUUCCCGGUACUCGCACAAAGAUGAUUUUACCGCUCAAAGAUGUCGAGAACGUGGAGAAGGAGAAAGGCUUCCGCUUCGGCUAUCACGGGCUUGUUGUCAUAGUUCGCGGUCAUGAGGAGCUUUUCUUCGAGUUUAAUACCGCAGAUGCACGAGAUGACUGCGCUGUUACACUGCAUCAAAACCUCGAGUCCGUCAAGUAUCUGGUGGAGUCGGGCAUGCUUGCAGAGGAAGAGCGCGAUCGAGUCGAAGCUGCCAAAGCGGAGCAUCGUAUGCUUGAAGAAGCUAGACUUGAUAGUCCAGUGGAGCAUGACACCCACCCGACGCUCAAUGAAAGCUCGUCGGAGAUUUCUCCCUUCUUUGACGACCCCCGUGCCUCGAUCAUUAACUUCAAGCCAACCGAAUCCCUGAAGAUCACGUGUCUAACCAUCGGCUCUCGGGGUGAUGUGCAGCCCUACAUUGCCCUGUGCAAGGGACUUCUCGCCGAAGGCCACAAGCCAAAGAUUGCAACCCACGCUGAAUUUGAACCGUGGAUUCGCAGUCAUGGUAUUGACUUUGCUCUCGUAGACGGAGACCCUGCCGAGCUGAUGCGGAUCUGUGUGGAGAAUGGGAUGUUCACAUACUCUUUCCUUCGUGAAGCUACAUCGAAGUUUAGGGGAUGGAUUGAUGACUUGCUUUCCUCAUCGUGGACCAGUUGUCAGGGGAGUGAUGUUCUCAUCGAAUCGCCAAGUGCAAUGGCAGGCAUUCACAUCGCUGAGGCUCUUCGGAUUCCCUAUUUCCGUGGCUUCACCAUGCCGUGGUCGAGGACUCGCGCUUACCCACAUGCCUUUGCAGUACCGGAAACCCGUAUGGGGGGAGCCUACAAUUACAUCACAUAUGUGAUGUUUGACAACAUCUUUUGGAAAGCUAUCGCGGGGCAGGUGAACCGUUGGCGUGCUAACGAGUUGGGUCUCAAAGCCACUACUUUGGACAGGAUGCAACAGAACAAAGUUCCAUUUUUGUACAAUUACUCGCCUUCCGUGGUACCACCGCCCCUCGAUUAUCCAGAUUGGAUUCGUAUCACGGGCUACUGGUUCUUGAACGAGGGCUCCGACUGGACUCCGCCCGCUGAGCUCUCUGCCUUUAUCGAGAGAGCUCGCGCUGAUGGCAAAAAGCUUGUCUAUAUUGGAUUUGGAUCGAUUGUUGUCUCGGAUCCCGCUGCCUUGACACGGACGGUUAUUGAGUCAGUUCGAAAAGCGGAUGUUCGAUGUAUUCUCUCCAAAGGAUGGUCGGAUCGACUGGGUGAUCCUUCUAGUCAGAAGCUUGAAAUUCCUCUCCCACCCGAAAUACACCAAAUUCAAUCGGCGCCCCAUGACUGGCUAUUCUCCCAGAUUGACGCUGCCGCUCAUCAUGGAGGAGCAGGUACCACGGGAGCGAGUUUGCGAGCUGGUGUUCCCACAAUUAUCAAGCCAUUCUUCGGGGAUCAGUUUUUCUUCGGGUCUCGUGUUGAAGAUUUAGGUGUGGGAAUCUGCAUGAAGAAACUAAAUGUCAGCGUCUUCUCGCGGGCACUUUGGGAGACUACACACAGUGAGCGAAUGAUUGUCAAGGCUCGAAAUCUGGGCACCCAGAUCCGUAAUGAGGACGGAGUUGCUACGGCCAUUCAAUCUCUCUACAGAGAUAUGGAGUACGCUAAGACCCUCGCACGUCAGCGUUCAAUUGCUUCUUCUACGCCCUUUUCGCCCACUCCUUCCGCUCAGGCCUCGCCAGAUCACGACGACGACGAUGUUGACGAUAUUGAAGAAUGGACGUUUGUCGGCGACGAGAACGAAAUGGAUCUUACGAAGCGAAUGCGGGACCUCUCCGCAUCAGACCGAGAGAAAGUGGCCUCGGCUGUGUUUUAAUGACCUUUUACUGCCAACUGGUUUAAUCUUUCUUACCUUUCUCUUUUUUUCUAUGACUUUCUUUCUAUCAUUUGGUUUGAUUGACUUUGAUUGUCUAAGGAUCUCAAGCACGCGAGCCGUCAUGGUUUACGAAUGCAUGCGAUCCAAAUUAUCUGGUGUUUGCGAGUCUGAUAUCACGAAGAUUUGUUUUUUUUUUUUUUUUUUUU